AUGGCCGACUCCAACUCUCCUGCGUUGAACACGCAGAUUGAGUCUGGCAACUUCGAUGAGAAGCACGCCGCCCCAGUCGAAUCCGCCCCGCCUAAGCAGCCAAAGGUCGAGGACGACGAAGACGAAGAUGAGGACAUCGACGCCCUGAUUGAGGACCUCGAGUCCCAGGAUGGACACGGCGAGGAUGCCGAGGAGGAGGAGCGCGACGAGCACGGUGGCCGUCUGAUCCCUGAGGAGCUGCUGCAAACUGAUACCCGCACUGGUCUUACCGAGGCCGAGGUCGUCUCCCGCCGCAAGAAGUAUGGUCUCAACCAAAUGAAGGAGGAGAAGGAGAACAUGAUCCUCAAGUUCUUCAUGUACUUCGUCGGUCCUAUCCAGUUCGUCAUGGAGGCUGCCGCCGUCCUGGCCGCUGGUCUCGAGGAUUGGGUUGAUUUCGGUGUCAUUUGCGCCCUGCUCCUGCUUAACGCCUGUGUUGGUUUCAUCCAAGAAUUCCAAGCUGGUUCCAUUGUCGACGAACUCAAGAAGACUCUCGCUCUCAAGGCUGUCGUCCUGCGUGACGGCACCCUGAAGGAGCUCGAGGCCCCUGAGGUUGUUCCCGGCGAUAUUCUCCAGGUCGAAGAGGGUACUAUUAUCCCCGCCGACGGUCGCAUUGUCACCGAGGAUGCUUUCCUGCAGGUCGACCAGUCUGCCAUCACUGGUGAAUCUCUUGCUGUCGACAAGCACAAGGGCGACCAGUGCUUCGCUUCCUCCUCGGUCAAGCGUGGUGAGGCCUUCGUCAUUGUUACCGCCACUGGUGACAACACCUUCGUCGGUCGUGCCGCCGCCCUCGUCAACGCUGCCAACGCUGGAUCUGGUCACUUCACUGAGGUCCUGAACGGUAUUGGAACAGUUUUGCUGAUCCUCGUCGUCUUCACCCUGCUUGUCGUCUGGGUUUCCAGCUUCUACCGCUCCAACCCCAUUGUCGACAUCCUGCGCUUUACUCUGGCCAUUACCAUCAUUGGUGUCCCCGUCGGUCUUCCUGCCGUCGUUACCACCACCAUGGCUGUCGGUGCUGCCUACCUCGCUAAGAAGAAGGCUAUUGUCCAGAAGCUCUCCGCCAUUGAGUCUCUUGCUGGUGUCGAGAUUCUCUGCUCUGACAAGACCGGUACCUUGACCAAGAACAAGCUCUCUCUGGCUGAGCCUUACUGUGUCGCUGGUGUUGACCCCGAGGAUCUCAUGCUCACUGCUUGCUUGGCUGCUUCCCGCAAGAAGAAGGGUAUUGAUGCCAUCGACAAGGCCUUCCUGAAGUCCCUGAAGUACUACCCCCGCGCCAAGUCUGUCCUCUCCAAGUACAAGGUCAUCAACUUCUUCCCCUUCGACCCUGUCUCCAAGAAGGUCACCGCCAUCGUCGAGUCCCCCCAGGGUGAGCGCAUCACCUGUGUCAAGGGUGCCCCUCUGUUCGUUCUCAAGACCGUCGAGGAGGACCACCCCAUCCCUGAGGAGGUCGACCAGGCCUACAAGAACAAGGUUGCUGAGUUCGCUACCCGUGGUUUCCGUUCUCUCGGUGUUGCCCGCAAGCGUGGUGAGGGCUCUUGGGAGAUCCUCGGAAUCAUGCCUUGCUCUGACCCCCCUCGUCACGACACUGCUAAGACCAUCAACGAGGCGAAGACUCUGGGUCUGUCCAUCAAGAUGUUGACUGGUGAUGCCGUCGGUAUCGCUCGUGAGACUUCCCGUCAGCUCGGUCUUGGUACCAACGUCUACAACGCUGAGCGUCUCGGUCUCGGUGGCGGCGGUGACAUGCCUGGUUCUGAGGUGUACGAUUUCGUCGAGGCUGCCGAUGGUUUCGCUGAGGUCUUCCCCCAGCACAAGUACAACGUCGUCGAGAUUCUCCAGCAGCGUGGCUACCUGGUUGCCAUGACUGGUGACGGUGUCAACGAUGCUCCCUCCCUGAAGAAGGCUGAUACCGGUAUUGCUGUCGAGGGUGCCUCCGACGCUGCCCGCUCUGCUGCCGACAUUGUCUUCCUUGCCCCCGGUCUUGGUGCUAUCAUCGACGCUCUGAAGACUUCUCGCCAGAUUUUCCACCGUAUGUACGCUUACGUCGUCUACCGUAUUGCUCUGUCCAUUCACCUUGAGAUCUACCUUGGUCUCUGGAUCGCUAUCCUCAACCGAUCGCUGAACAUUGAGCUGGUUGUCUUCAUCGCCAUUUUCGCUGAUAUCGCCACUCUUGCUAUUGCCUACGACAACGCACCAUUCAGCAGGACGCCUGUCAAGUGGAACCUGCCCAAGCUCUGGGGAAUGUCCGUCCUCCUCGGUGUUGUCCUGGCUGUCGGUACCUGGAUCACUGUCACCACCAUGUACGCUGGUGGCACCGACGGUGGUAUCGUCCAGAACUUCGGUAACCUGGAUGAGGUUGUCUUCCUCGAGAUCUCCCUGACUGAGAACUGGCUGAUCUUCAUCACCCGUGCCAACGGUCCUUUCUGGUCUUCCAUUCCUUCGUGGCAACUCAGCGGCGCUAUCGUCGUUGUCGAUAUCAUUGCCUCCCUCUUCUGUAUCUUCGGAUGGUUCGUUGGUGGUGACCAGACCUCCAUCGUCGCCGUCGUCCGUAUCUGGAUCUACUCCUUCGGUAUCUUCUGUGUCAUGGGAGGUGUCUACUACCUCCUCCAGGACAGCGUUGGAUUCGACAACCUUAUGCACGGCAAGUCGCCAAAGGGCAACCAGAAGCAACGAUCCCUCGAGGAUUUCGUUGUUUCUCUCCAACGUGUGUCUACGCAACACGAGAAGACCCAGUAG